AUGUCGCGUGCAAUUUCACACCGCCCGAUUUAUCCGCUGCUCCUGCUUCUGCUGAUUCUUUCGCCGAUCCGUUGCGACGCGCGCCGAGGAGGCAGGCCGAGAGGGCGGCAGCGGCCCGUCGAUCCGCUGGCUCCUGGUGGAGCGCAACACGCGCAGGCCGUCGCUCUCUUCAAGGCUUGGUCCUACAUGUACGGGCUCGUACCGCGUGCUAACUACAGCAGCAGUAACACCGAUAUAAGCACGGAUCGCGCGCACGCCGCGCAGUUGCCCUUAUUUCCCCCCCGGACCCUCCGCCCUCCCCCGGGCUUCGCCUCGAGCACGUCCGCGGGCGGGGGUUCGGGCGGCGGGCGCGGGGCGCGCGUUCCGCUGGCUCCGCACAUGGAGAACUGCGCGGCUCUGACGCGCGCGCGGGAGGCCGCGGAGAUGCGCGGACCCGCGGGGGAGAUGCCCGCCUGGGCGCGGCCGUCCAACUGCUCUGAUUGGUCGCCGGACCCUUCCUGGAUUCGAGGAACCGACGCGGCCAAUCUCGCGAUGACACGUGUCGUGCAGACAGACCUCUGGGGCCACCAGUUCCCGCCGCCCGGCUCCUGCUCAGGGGAAGGCACGAGGAAGCUUCUGGUGGUGGCAUGGCCGCCCGUGCAGGGCUUUGGCAUUGGCGCGCAGCUGCACAUCAUGUCUGCCGCCCUCAGCCUUGCCGUGGCUCACGAGCGUUUACUCACUGUGCUGCCGGGGAGCUUUGAGCAUGCCGCUCAUGCUGCCUGCAGAGACACGGGACACCCCUCUUCGCUCUCCUGCUACUUCCUCCCCAUUUCCUCGCUCGAAUGCGAGCGGGCGGGCGCAGCAGCCGUGGCUCAGAAGAGAGCACCGUACGCCCCGCGCAAUCUUGAGGAGAUGAAAGCCGCACUUGCCUCAGACGAGCCUGUUUUCUACAUAGCCGCCAACUUCCCCUGGCCGCUGCGCUUCAAGUUCCAAGCGGACGCCGCCAGGUAA